AUGUCCCCUUCUGUCUUCAGUUUUCCUAACAAAAUUAUCUUCGGCGUCGGGACAAUUAACACACUCGCGGAACAGCUCUCGGCGUUUUCCCCCCACAAAGUUUUAUUGGUAACGGACAAGGGGAUUCGCCAAGUAGGAUUAGCAAACGAAGUAACGCAGCGACUCGAAGCGGCACGAAUUGACCACGCAAUCUACGAUGGUGUCCAUGGCAAUCCGGUCGAAGAGGAUGUGUUCGACGGCGCGGCUGUUUUCCAGAAGGAAGGCUGCGAUUUCGUAAUUGGCAUGGGCGGCGGGAGUCCGCUAGAUGUCGCCAAACUAAUCUGUUUGAAGGCGACCCAUCCCCUACCGCUAGCGGAAUACGAAGUCCUCAACGGCGGACUGGAGAAAAUUUCGUCCGACCUUCCAUCAAUGCUUGCCAUUCCAACCGCCGCAGGAACUGGGAGUGAAGUCGGACGCGGUGCCGUUGUCACGAUAAAAUCGCUGGGCCGCAAGGCACUGGUCUUUAGUCCCCAUCUGCUGCCCAAAACCGCAAUCGUGGAUCCGGAAUUGACCGUCGGGUUGCCCAAAACCUUGACCGCUGCAACAGGGAUGGACGCGCUUACCCACAACCUUGAAUCCUACCUUUCAACUGUUUAUCACCCGAUGUGUGACGCGAUUGCGCUUGCCGGGGUCAAAACUGGUGCUCAAAACCUGCGUCGCGCUGUCGAAAAUGGCAGCGACCUCGAAGCACGUGGUGCGAUGAUGAUGGCGGCGAUGAUGGGUGCCAUCGCGUUUCAGAAAGAACUGGGUGUCACCCAUUCACUGGCACACCCGCUUUCGACCAUCGCUGACCUACAUCACGGGCUUGCAAACGCGAUUCUCCUUCCAUACACAAUGGCGUUCAACAAGAAUGCGGCAACAGAUCAGCUAAAGGACAUCGCUGGUGCAUUCGGCGUGAAUACCCACCCACUAUCACCGGAGGAAGCCGCACAAGCCGCAAUCGAUCAGGUUGCGCAGUUGUGCAAGGAUAUUGGCAUUCCGUCACACUUGCGGGAGGUAGAUGUGAAGGCAGAGAUGAUUCCUCGCCUCGCUCGGCAGGCAAUGGCGGAUGGGUGCCACCUGACCAAUCCCCGCCCUUGCACAGAAGGAGACAUGAUUGAUUUGUAUCAGCAGGCAUUUUGA